GAACGGGUCGGCCGUGAACUGUAGCAGUAUUAGCACGGGCCUCAGUCAGCCCUGCCCGGUGGCUACCAGUGUCAGUGCCUCCAAUGCCAACAGUGCCAGUGCGAAAUCGCGCUCCCGGCGUUCGUCGGAGUUGUCGCAGCAAAACUCGAUGAAGUCGCACGCGUCCGUCAGUAGCAGCUCGCGCAAACGUAGCUCGCAGGCUCACAUCGAGCUGAAUGGGCCACCGAUACGGGAUCGGCCCCGCUGUCUCAAGUCGUCGUUUUUGCGCCGCAAGUGCAAAGAGUAUGCAGAUGAUGACGAUGCUACCACCUCGGGCAUAACGCUGGACGACUCCGAUAAACGCGUGAUACGGCUGAAUGAACCACAAGUUCAAAAGUAUUGUAACAAUCAUAUCUCAACCGCUAAAUAUAGUGCCCUUAGUUUUCUACCUUCGUUCCUGUUCGAGCAGUUCCGGCGUUACUCGAACUGCUUCUUUCUGUUAAUAGCACUGUUGCAACAGAUACCGGACGUUUCGCCGACCGGUCGGUACACGACGCUCAUACCACUUAUGUUCAUACUUGCGGUGAGCGCAAUCAAGGAAAUCGUCGAAGACAUCAAGCGGCACCGGGCGGACGAUGAGAUCAAUCACCGCCUAAUCGAGGUACUACAGAAUGGCCAAUGGCACACGGUCAAGUGGCAGGAGCUGUCGGUCGGCGAUAUCGUUAAGGUGCUUAACAACACCUUCUUCCCGGCCGACCUGGUGCUGCUGUCGUCCAGUGAGCCCCAGGGCAUGUCCUUCAUCGAGACAUCCAACCUAGACGGUGAGACGAACCUGAAGAUUCGGCAGGGCGUUCCGACCACGAGCAAAAUACUGGAGACGAAGGACUUCAAUCAGUUUCGCGGUACGCUCGAGAGUGAACCACCGAAUCGGCAUCUGUACGAGUUUAAUGGCGUGCUGAAGGAACACGACAAACAAGCGGUAGCACUCGGUCCGGAUCAGCUGUUACUGCGUGGUGCCAUGCUACGUAACACCGCCUGGAUAUUCGGUAUCGUUAUCUACACCGGUCACGAUACGAAACUUAUGCGAAACUCUACCUCAGCGCCGUUGAAGCGCUCAACCGUUGACAGACUGACAAACACGCAUAUUCUAAUGUUAUUUAUCAUUCUGAUCAUUCUGUGUAUCGUGAGUUGCAUUUUCAACCAAAUUUGGACGAACGAACAUUUUAAAAAGGACUGGUACUUAGGCAUCGGCAAUCUUUUGAGCAAAAACUUCGCCUACAAUCUGCUUACGUUUAUUAUUCUGUACAACAAUUUGAUUCCAAUAUCGCUACAAGUUACGUUAGAGCUGGUCCGGUUUCUACAGGCAAUCUUCAUCAACAUGGACAUCGAUAUGUACCACGAGGAGUCGGACACGCCGGCAAUGGCGCGCACCUCCAACCUUAACGAGGAGCUCGGCAUGGUGAAGUACGUGUUCUCCGAUAAAACCGGCACGCUGACGCGGAACGUGAUGGAGUUCAAGAAGUGCAGUGUGGCCGGUUUGAUGUACACGGUCGAGGAAACGCCGGCCCAGUCCCGUUUGGUGCAGAACAUUCUAAAUAACCAUCGUACGGCACCAACGAUACGCGAAUUUCUCACACUCAUGGCAAUCUGUCACACGGUCAUACCGGAGAAGCAGCCUGGCGACGGUACGAACGACAUUCACUAUCACGCUGCCAGCCCGGACGAGCGGGCCCUCGUAUACGGUGCGAAAAAGUUUGGCUACGUGUUUUACACCCGCACGCCCGCGUACGUCGAAAUCGAGGCGCUCGGCGUCCAGGAACGGUUCGAGAUACUGAACGUGCUCGAGUUCACGUCCACCCGCAAACGGAUGUCGGUAAUCGCACGCAACUCGCGAAGCGAAAUCAAACUCUAUUGCAAAGGUGCUGACACCGUGAUUUACGAACGGCUAGCACCGGAAGGUGUUGCAUACCGUGAGUCAACGCUCAGCCAUCUAGAAGAGUUCGCUACCGAGGGACUGCGAACGUUGUGCUGUGCCGUAUCGGACAUCCCGGACGAUGUGUACGAAGACUGGAAGCACACGUAUCACAAGGCUUCCACAUCGCUGCAGUACCGCGAGCAGAAGGUAGAGGAUGCGGCCAACUUGAUUGAAACGAAUCUCCGACUGCUGGGUGCGACGGCGAUCGAGGAUAAGCUGCAGGAAGGUGUGCCCGAAACGAUCGCUUCACUGCUGGAGGCAAAAAUCAAUGUAUGGGUGCUGACGGGCGAUAAGCAGGAGACUGCCAUCAACAUCGGUUACUCCUGCCAGCUGUUGACCCAUUCGAUGGAUUUGAUUUUGUUGAAUCAGGAUUGUUUGGAUAACACACGCAACUGCAUCCUGGAACACACAGGCACUGGGCGAAUUGAUAAUCUGGGUCGUAAGGAUGCGGCCCUGAUCGUGGAUGGUAAGACGCUAAAGUACGCGCUCAGCUGUGAUUUGCGGACCGAUUUUCUCGACCUGUGCCUCGCAAGCAAGGUCGUGAUUUGCUGCCGCGUUUCGCCAAUUCAGAAAGCGGAAGUGGUGGAACUGGUGACGAUCAACACGAAAGCGGUCACCCUUGCGAUUGGAGACGGUGCGAACGAUGUGGCGAUGAUACAGAAGGCAAACGUCGGUGUCGGUAUUUCGGGUGUAGAAGGUUUGCAAGCGGCCUGUGCUUCGGACUAUUCGAUUGCCCAGUUCAGUUAUCUUCGAAAAUUACUGCUAGUGCACGGAGCUUGGAAUUAUAGUCGAAUGUGCAAACUAAUUCUGUACAGCUUCUACAAAAACAUUUGCCUGUACGUGAUAGAGCUGUGGUUUGCAAUAUAUUCUGGAUGGUCCGGUCAAAUAUUGUUCGAACGGUGGACAAUCGGUUUGUACAACGUGUUUUUUACUGCGCUACCACCCUUCGCUAUGGGGUUGUUCGAUAAAGUAACAUCCGCGGAACAGAUGUUAAAAGAACCAAGACUUUAUGCACCGUCGCAAAAUGCCAAACUAUUUAAUGGGCGAGUGUUCUGGCGCUUCAUCAUGAACGCACUGUUUCAUUCGAUGAUACUGUUCUGGUUGUCGUACAAAAUCUACGAGAAAGAUGUCAUCUGGAAGAAUGGUCGUGAUGGUGGAUAUUUAGUGUUAGGCAACAUAGUGUACACGUACGUGGUCGUAACAGUGUGUUUGAAAGCGGGUCUACUUACCAACUCUUGGACCUGGCUGACGCAUUGUUCCAUCUGGGGCUCGAUACUGCUUUGGUUCAUAUUUAUAUUUAUUUACAGCAACAUUUGGCCAGCACUACCGGUUGGCGCGGUAUUUACGGGCAUGGAUAACAUGGUCUUCACGACGCCAGUGUUUUGGGGCGGUCUGUUGCUUAUUCCUUUAUCUGCGCUUCUAUUGGAUAUUUCCUGGAAAGCGUAUAGCAAUUCGCGCAAGGAUAACAUGCUAGCACCACCAAUGAAGGAAUCCAGAUCUUCAUUAACCGAAACCGCACGGCUUCUGCGAAACGUACGACGGGUCUUCACCGGAAGAUCACACACGACCGAAAAUAAAGAACUAGAAUUAAAGCACGGAUAUGCCUUCUCGCAGGAAGAGGGUGGUUCGGUGACGCAAACCGACGUCAUCCGGGCGUACGAUACGAACCUGCCAAAGCCGGACGGAAACUGAGCGUGUCCCGGGUGUGCGUACUGCUACGACAGCUACUAUAUCGUUUGCUGAGAAAGCGCUACUUCCGGUCACUUCCGCAACCGUACAAUCGGUUCCG